AUGGUUAGAAAGAAAAAGACUUCAGCAUCUGAACGGCAGGGCAAAGCUACUUUCAGUUUCCCUCCAUCAAUCCAGUCACCUCAAUUAGGAAAGGUGAACCUCUACAAGCCUCGCUUCGAGAGCGUUAUCCCAGCGCAAAUUUUCACAAUAUCUAAUUUCUGGAGCCAAGAGCAAUGUCAAGAUCUGAUCUGCAGCAUACAAAAGGGUCUUGAUCUCGAAACCACACCACUCAUCAAAUCCAAACUUUAUGCGUCUCGAGUCAAUGACCGUGCUUGCAUCAGAGAUCCCAUAAAUGCGGGGUUGAUAUAUAAUCAUUUUCAAACAAUACUGAAAUUUCAGAGCGAGCAGGGUGCCGUGGACGAAUGGAUAUUGCAAGAAUUGAGAUUUUCCACUGCCUUCAAUCCGGACCUGAGGUUUUACAGGUACUCCAAAGGCCAAUAUUUUGGCAAGCACUAUGAUGAGUCUGUUAAGGUUGGAAAUCAAAUAUCAAAAUGGACAGUUUUAAUCUAUUUGAGCGACAAGGGUUUGCAAGGAGGCGAAACAAUUUUCUAUAAUGAGCAAGGAGAUAGAAGCAAAAGACAAAUAAGCAUAAAACCCCAACAGGGUAUGGCUUUGUUCCAUAAGCAUGGAGAUGACUGUUUGCUCCAUGAAGCUGCUACAAUACGAGAUGGAGAAAAAUGGGUUUUUAGAACGGACGUCAUGUACAAUAUAUACAAAUAA